AUGAGGAACGACGAUAAUUUGGCUUAUGGUACGAUGGAUACCGAUCAGCCUCAGACUGGUACUGCUACCAGUGAACGAACUGAGAGACCAAAGAAUGAUAGGAGAAAAACAACUUACACUUUCCCCAUCAAAAUCAUGCCCUCACCAAAAUCUGCAACUACAGCCAGCACCAAUCUUACUCCGGAAUUCACAGAAUUCGAUACCCAGGCUUACUACAAUGAAUCUCUCGAUUACAACUACAUUUCCUCCCGAUUCGCCUUCUCCCUUGGUUUAAAACCAGAUGCCGAUCGCGAAGCCAAACCACGGUCAAAAUCUGUAUCGAAACCAAAAAUCCCUUUUAAACCAAAGCAUCUAGCAAGAUCUCAAACCGCACCAGUUGCUGAAUUUAAACCCCUUCAAAGAUCAAGGACAGAACCGCUUUCACGAAGAAUCUUCUCGCCUUUAGGUAGAGAAGGUAUUAUAGAAGAUACACCUCCUUCUACAUCUACAACUCCAGCUCUUCCACCUAGAAUCCCACCCAGAAGAACUUCCACAACUGCUACUCUCGUACCUUCAAAUGCUCAAGCUCCUCCCAUUUUCUCUCUCUUGGAACCGACGCCGGAAGCAAUCGCAAGAUCGAAUUUAACUAGUCCAUUAUUUCCAGAUGCUAAUCUAAAUCCUUUUUCGCCAAGACCGGGAGCCACUUUUGGGGCGAUGGUUGUUGACACGCCACCGAGAACACCACAGAGACCUCAAGUAUUGCAUACACAAACGGAGGGCAAUCCUAGCAUUUUCGAAGCACUAAACUCACAUCCUGUGAUACCAUCCAUUACAAAUAUUCCGAUAAUUCAGACUGAAGAACCGGAAGGGAUGUCGGAAGAGCCAGAAGGUGCGUCUUCUGAAACGGAACGAGAACGUGAUCUCGAAGGAAUGGGAACCGGUACUGGAAUCGGAAUGGGUUUUGGAAUAGGAGAAGAAAUUCGUGGUCGAGAGAUUUCAGAUCCAGAUUCCAUGACGGGUGAUCUAACACUUCAUUGGAAAUCUUCUCCUCUAUCACGUUAUACCCAACGAACCGUUUUCUGGAUUGUUCCCAAUGCGAAAUUUGAUCUCGUGUUUGGACACGAUGAAACGGAUUUCAAUAUUCCCAUCCAAAACCCACCAAAGUGGGGUUUGAGUAAUUGGGGAAUUGGACAGGGGAGAGGGAGAAGAGGAGAAAGGAAUCAAUUCCGAGAGGGAAUUAGGAGGGGAGUUCUAAAGCAAGUAGAGGAACAAAGUACCUUUUCGUUACUGUAUAGUGCGACGAAUUUGAUGGAUGCGUGGUUGAGACCACCUUAUCAAAUUAAUGGAAGAGCCCAUUCGCAACAUUCGGAUUCAAAGCCGUUGCUCUCGAAUGGAGAUGAAAGUGGAGGCAUUCAUGAAAUAGCAUUUACGUUACCAGAAUUGGAAUAUCAACUCAGGAAUGAGUUGAAGUGUACGGAUGAACGGAGACGCAAACACGAGGGGAAGAGAGCAGUUAAUAUCUGGGAUGUUAGGGCUGGAAAGGCUGUUUUGGCUGAGCAGGCCAAGGGCGCUAGUGGAGAGAUUAGAAAGUUGGUGGGAGCUGUAGUAAAGGAUGUUAGGGAGAAUGGGGGAAAGAAAGUCGCGGAAAGUGGGAAUAAGACUUUGGUUGGGAGAGCUCCUCGUGAGGAACCGGAAGUGGAAACUGCACAUGAUAAAUUUGUUCAUGUGGAGAUUCCUGUUUCCGCAACUCCUGCUCCCGUUGUCUCGAAUGAAGAUUUUACAGUGGUCAGCAAACCACAAGCAGAGUCUUCUCCCACUACCUCUCCCCUCCUCCCCGUCGUCGCUCCCCUCCCCAACCCCAAACUUUCGAUCUCUCCCCCACCACCGCCAAUGAUACCGCAAAUCAAAAUCCAAGCGCAAAUGGAACGAGAGAUGGAACGUGAAAUGGAGCAGGAAAUGGAACGUGAAAUGCAGGCGCAAAUUGAAGCUGAGAUGAACGCUCAAGCCCAACCUCAAUCUCCAUCUCACGACGAGGUAAGAGAUGAAGUGAGAGAUUUGCCACCAGCGCUUCCUCCCCGUCCUAAGAGAUUCGAAAGAUCUUCAACUUUUGAUUUCGGAUCUGUAGACGCAAAGGAUGAGCAGCCUAGACGUCUAGCCCGAUCCUCAACUUUUGAUUCUCCAGCUUCUUUCACAGCUUUGCGAAAAUCAGAUCGUGAUAUCCAUGCUUCUAUCUCGGCGCUUCGUUCGGCUCAUAAUGACGAUGAGGAUGACGAGGAAAAUGAAGCGAUGUCUGAGAUUAUGGUUUCGCGAAUCCCGGUUCGUGAGUUAGUUUUGGAGGAGGAAGUCGAGUUUAGUGUUCUCCCGGAUCGAAGUUUCGGGACGCUGAAAGAGAGGUUUGAGAUGAUGUGGCAGGGAGAGGAUGAGAGAGUGCAUUCUGAGAGGAAGAUCUGGAGAGGGAAGUUUAGAGGGGUUUUGGGAGAGCUGUGUAGAGUUGUUGCGGAGAAGUGA